GAACCAAGCCUCUCGCCAAACUUUCCCGGCGCUCGCUGGGCUCGGAGCCGCGAACUGAACGCGUGUCCCAGGCACGGAGCACUCGGGCUGGCGGCGGAGUCUACUUGUCGGAAUCCACGGAGAGAGGACUUUUCCCCGAGAUCGGACCCCUAACCGCCCCUCUCCAGCCAUACUCAGACAAGAGCCCAGCGCUGCCGGCAGUUUAUCUUUGGACUGAUUGCUUUGAGAAUCAAGAACCAACAGGUUGCAAGUCCCCGGCGCCACACACAAGUCCUGGGACAGGGGAGCUCCGGCUCGGGUUCCCCGGCUUGCGCUGGCCCCGCGCGGGCUGCGGGGGCGCGGGGAGCGAGGGGGCUAUGGCUCGGCCUGACCCAUCCGCGCCGCCCUCGCUGCUGCUGCUGCUCCUGGCGCAGCUGGCAGGCCGGGCGGCCGCCGCGUCCAAACCCCCGGUGUGCCAGGAAAUCACCGUGCCCAUGUGCCGCGGCAUCGGCUACAACCUGACGCACAUGCCCAACCAGUUCAACCACGACACGCAGGACGAGGCGGGCCUGGAGGUGCACCAGUUCUGGCCGCUGGUGGAGAUCCACUGCUCGCCGGACCUGCGCUUCUUCCUGUGCUCCAUGUACACGCCCAUCUGCCUGCCGGACUACCACAAGCCGCUGCCUCCCUGCCGCUCGGUGUGCGAGCGCGCUAAGGCCGGCUGCUCGCCCCUCAUGCGCCAGUACGGCUUCGCCUGGCCGGAGCGCAUGAGCUGCGACCGCCUCCCGGUGCUGGGCGGGGACGCCGAAGUCCUGUGCAUGGAUUACAACCGCAGCGAGGUCACCACGGCGCCUCCCAAGUCCUUCCCGGCCAAGCCCACCCCCCCUGGGGUGCCAGCCCCCGGGGGUGAGUGCACCAGCGGGGGACAGUCGGUGUGCAAGUGCCGGGAGCCCUUUGUGCCCAUCCUGAAGGAGUCGCACCCGCUCUACAACAAGGUCCGGACGGGCCAGGUGCCCAACUGCGCCGUACCUUGCUACCAGCCCUCCUUCAGCCCUGACGAGCGCACGUUCGCCACCUUCUGGAUCGGCCUGUGGUCUGUGCUGUGCUUCAUCUCCACCUCCACCACGGUGGCCACCUUCCUGAUAGACAUGGAGCGCUUCCGCUAUCCGGAGCGGCCCAUCAUCUUCCUGUCCGCCUGCUACCUGUGCGUGUCGCUGGGCUUCCUGGUGCGCCUGGUCGUGGGUCAUGCCAGCGUUGCCUGCAGCCGCGAGCACAGCCACAUCCACUAUGAGACCACGGGCCCGGCGCUGUGCACCGUCGUCUUCUUGCUGGUCUACUUCUUCGGCAUGGCCAGCUCCAUCUGGUGGGUCAUCCUGUCCCUCACCUGGUUCCUGGCGGCUGGCAUGAAGUGGGGCAACGAGGCCAUCGCGGGCUAUGCACAGUACUUCCACCUGGCUGCGUGGCUCAUCCCCAGCGUCAAGUCCAUCACCGCGCUGGCCCUGAGCUCGGUGGACGGGGACCCGGUGGCCGGCAUCUGCUAUGUGGGCAACCAGAACUUGAACUCGCUGCGGGGCUUCGUGCUGGGCCCGCUGGUGCUCUACCUGCUGGUGGGCACCCUCUUCCUGCUGGCGGGCUUCGUGUCUCUCUUCCGCAUCCGCAGCGUCAUCAAGCAGGGCGGCACCAAGACUGACAAGCUGGAGAAGCUCAUGAUCCGCAUCGGCAUCUUCACGCUGCUCUACACGGUGCCUGCCAGCAUCGUGGUGGCCUGCUACCUGUAUGAGCAGCACUACCGGGAGAGUUGGGAGGCUGCGCUCACCUGCACCUGCCCGGGCCCGGAUGCCGGCCAGCCGCGCGCCAAGCCCGAGUACUGGGUGCUCAUGCUCAAGUACUUCAUGUGCCUGGUGGUGGGCAUCACGUCAGGGGUCUGGAUUUGGUCGGGCAAGACGGUGGAGUCAUGGCGGCGCUUCACCAGCCGCUGCUGCUGCCGCCCGCGACGGGGCCACAAGAGCGGGGGCGCCACGGCCACCGGGGACUACGCGGAGGCGAGCGCGGUGCUCACGGGCAGGACCGCGCCCCCCGCCGCCUACCACAAGCAGGUGUCCCUGUCGCAUGUGUAGGGGACCGGCAGCCGGGGGAGGGGGGUUUUGUUUUGUGCGGUCGCUUUGCCAAGGUCACUUCCGUUUACAACUUCAUGGUGCUGAUGUCCUCUCCUGGGGCGCCUUGGUGCAAGGGCAGAGUUGGGUGUAGUUUCAAGGAGGAGGCCCUGUCCCGGGAGUUCUCCAAGGGGCUCAGCUCUCAUAUAUUCUAGUUUGCGUUUCUUAACUGCCUUGGGGUGGGAGGGAGGCCCCCCCUUUUUAAUUUAUAUGUAUUAUUUCCCCCCCCCCCUUAAUUUUAAGCUUUGUUGCAUUUUAGCAACAAAAUGUACCUUUGCUUUGGGGCUGUACGAUCCUAACGCUGACAUUAUAAUCAAAGUCCACAUGGUUCAGGUUUCUUGGAACUGUGUGAUCUCAUUUGGGAAACUUUAUUUCCUGUCCUUGUGUCUUUGAAGCAAAAAAUGUGAAGGGUGAGAGUUUGGGCCGGUGGAACUGGGCAACCACCUGCUGUAGUUUUUCCAACUUGUUUCUCCUUCACUGCUUUGAGGUGUUGAGAUGUUUUAAGGUGAGCUGCUUGUACCUGUUUAUACUUAGGGGAACUAUAGACGCUGAAGUCAGGGGAAACCCCAAGUUAAACCAAGGGAGGGGGUGCCUAAGGUAGCUAGGUCCUCCCCAGAGUGGCAAGGUUAAGGGAAUGCUUUACAUUCAUCCUAACUUUCUUUAGGAAGCUUCUGUUUAUUUUCUGUAGUACUUGUAAUCCUUUUCAUUCUUUUUUUUUUCCUUCUUCUAAUUUAGAUAGGAUAGAGAAAUUGAGAGGAGGGGGGAGAUAGGAGGAAAGAAAGACACUUGCAGACCUCCUUCACUUGUGAAGUGGAUGUUCACCCGUCCCCUCACCCCCACAGUUGGGGAGUGGGGGCUGGAACCCGGGCCCUUGCUCUUGGUGGUAUGUGUGCCAUACCACCAAGACUGGGUGCGCCACCACCUGGUUCCCUAAUCGUUUUUAUUCUUAGCAGUGCUGUUGUGACUUGAAAAAGAGGUAGCACCAUAGAGUGUCCUGUCUAAAUAUUAGUAAUAGUGACACGCUAAGGGAUGGUGGUUAAAUUCUAAACUGGGAAGAGGGCAGCUUUGAGACAAAGAAGUGGGUAGUUUGAAAUUGACUUCUGCGACCCUGAUAUAUAUAAAGAAGUUGUUAUAAUUUGGUAAAGAUUAACCCACUAACUACUUCUGUAAGUACUUAGUGAUAGCUGCUGAAAGGCACUUGUUUAUUUUUAGGUUUAAGGACUAAAAUGGAUAGACCUCCAGUAAUUAAGAAAAUUUCCAACACUUAUCUGCCCCACCUCCCCCCCUUCCUACCUCCUUUAUCAUGUUAAACAGUUCUUUUGCUUUCCUUAUUCCUCCUCUCCUGGUGAGCUGUGAUUAGAAACCACACCCCCUUUGAAUGAGGUGCUCAAACUGGGGGAGGGGGGCUGGUUACCUGUGAACAAACAUUGGCAUUAAGGAAGGAAAAUAAGUGUCUGUGGACUUUGGACUAGCUUAGUCAGAUAUUCCAAAAGCAGUGACACUGUUCUUUGCAGUCUCUGAAAACAAAUGAGACCCAUAACACACCUGCAUCAGUUUGUACAAUGUGAAUCAGUACGCUGCAUCUGCAUGAGGAAAGGUCCUUGUCUCCCCACCCCCACUCCAAUGUAUUUUUUUUUCUCCUAAGAAAAUGUAUAUGUUGAUGAGCACACAUCUGUUGUUAGAAAACUGUUUGCUUUCCUAAUCCGUUAACCAUUCCUUCACUCCUAUGAAGGACUGAUAACUUAUUGAUGGGUACAGGGGGGCAGAGAAGAGCACUUUCUUGACUAUUAGAAAAUGGUUUGCUUUUCCUAACCUCUUGAACCAUUCAUUCAUGGAGAGUGUGAGGCCAUUACUAGGGAAGGGGGGUGACUGUGCUUUAACCAGCAAAAUGCUAGUGACCAGGACUGAGUGGGGAUGGAACUUGGGAAGCUAAAGUGGCCAUAGCAAUUAAAUUGUGAAAAUACCUCCCUAAGAAAAACAGAUCUAGGCAUUUGCACUUCAUUGAUACCAAAACUGCAAAAGAUUUAAACCCAGGCCAGCUUUUCCUUUCUGAAUAUUAAGUCAACAAAUGCAUAAAAAAAUUAAAUGAUGGGGCCCGAAGCCUGGUGUUAAAAUUCUAAACAUUUUCAAAAAGCUAUUUACAUUUAUACAUAGCUUUUACACACUCACCCUUUGAAUUAAAAUUUCAGUGACUUUAACAAAACCUAAUACACACAUCUGUAAACCUUGUUGCAUAUUGUAUCCCCGUGUGAUUCAGGAACUACUUCUUAGGACACCGAAGUAAACCUGCCAGUCUGAGAGCCAGUUUCUCUUCUGUUUUUCUAUUAUAGAUCUUUUCUCUUCACCUUGACUUCUUCCCUCAUUUAGUAUGUCUUCCCAGAAAAGUACAUGAAUUAUUUUGCCUAAAUUAGGCUGCUCCCCAUCCUUUGCGGAGGAAUACUAGGCCAAGGAGAGACAAUCUAAGUAAAAUUUGGGGUUACUAGUUCUAGGCCAUCUCUUUAAUGUCAUUCUCUAUUCUCACUAUCCCCUUUCCCUUUCUUCCCUCAGAGACAAAGCCCACCUGUUUCCUUAACAUCUUAACUAUUAUCAGUCACCCCACCUCCUACCCAGGUGAGCAGCUGAAUCUAUUGAUGGUCACUCCCUUCUAAAAAUACACUGUUUUUCUCCUGGCUUGAAUUUUAAAAUAUACAAACAACUCAUGUGAAAAGUUAUAAAAUGAAAGUUUGUCGGGGAGGCUGAGCAGCUUCCUUCACGCCAGUUCUUGUGAAGAGAAGACCUAGACCUCAGUUUGAGUGCACAUUACAAUUCCAGUCCAUCCCUUUCACAGUUAAGUGAUUUUAAGUGAUGUGUCACUUCAGAUAUUAGGGGGUGAAGAUUUAGAUGGUUGUUGAGGAAAUCAUGUGGUCAAGACAUAAAGAAAAAUGUUAUGAUUUCCCUCAUAGUUUUAAGUUCUCUAAAUUAGCUGAAAAUAGUUUUUCUUGGUGCCUUAUUGAUUUAUCCUUAUAAGCCUUUGUCAUAUUCUCAUGCAGCCAUUUCCAGUAUUUGUGUGUGUGUGUAAUUGUGCAUAUGCACAAGCUGAAGUAAUGUGCCAACAGUACUGUAUCAAAGUUGGUAUCAUUAGGCCAUUUCCUUCGGUCCAGGGCUACACUAAUCCUGAAAUUGGUGUCACCUCAUGGAUCCCACACCAAACCUCAGUAACAGCAUCUGUGACCUGCACUUUCAAGUACAGAAUAGAAACGCCAGAGCUAGGAAUCAGAGUUAUAUAUUUAGUGACCUGUAACUCUGCUAUAGAGGCUUCUCUCACUUUUGUGCUCUAACAAGAAGUCCAAGAUGGGGUCAAAGGGACGAAGGGUUGAAUAACUGCUUCCUAAUCAAAUGUGGCCAGCAGGACAGAACAUCACACAUCUAGGUGGGCCGUGAGGUACGGUGAAUGAAAACUAUGCCCUUUCUUGCCUCCACUGUCCAGUCCAAUGAUCCUGGGAAAGAAAUGUGCCUGGGCUGGAAAGGGGGGUUCUAAAAGAAAAAGCUACCGAGAUAUUAAAGCAGGGUGAAGGAUAGCAGGGUAUGUGUUACUAAGUAACCCAACUCAGAACUCUCAAAAAGCUUCUAGUAGCUUGAUGACAAUGAUGGGACUUGUUUCAUCCAGGCUAAUAUCUGUGGUACAUCAUUUUAAGAUACUUCAUGUUGCAAACUGUAUGUAUAAUAAUGUAUGUGUUGUGGGUAUGUAUAUACAUAAUAUAUAUUAUAUAUGAGAGAUUUAGUGACUUUUGAUACGGGUUUGGUGCAGGUGAAUUUAUUACUGAGCCAGAUGAGGCACAUACCGAGUCAGUAGCUCCACGUCCAGGGCAAUUCAGUUCUUCUUCUGAUUUUCAUAGAUGUGUAGUGCCUAUCUCAUACAGUACCCUCACUGUCAUGGCAAAUCCAGAACUCAUACAUCAAGAGCCAGCGAUAUUGUGUUUGUAGACAAUCAACUUGAAUUUCUACAUUAUUACUGGCAGAUAAUUUAUCAUUCUGCAUCCAUAACGCUAACACUGAGGAAACCCUGAGCAUCUUGCUAGUCUUUGGUUUGGUUUUGUUCUUGGAAGUAAGCGGAAGAGCAGUUGUAUGUGGUUGUUAAGUCUCAACUCGACUUGCUGACACUAUUUCAAAAACUUUUGUAUGUAUUAUAUAUGUGGGGAGGUAAAAUAAUGGCUUGAGAUUUUUAUCAAAUAUGAAGAGUAGCUAUUUAUGAAAAGCAAAGAAAUGUCUAUUUUUGUUUCUUUGUUCCCAGUUGAUGUAGAUAAAUUUUAAGGUGCAUUAAAG